AGACAGUCACAGCUGCCCUGGACCAAAAUACCUCAGGAGGAACCAGCCCAAACAAGGGGACGACACCCACUAUGACAUCCUCACACUACCUCACCUCUGCUACCGCCCCCUUCUCUCCCCCAGCCCCUGUCGUCUCACUGUACACCACCUUCCUACUCUGGGGAGGUGGUACAACCCCUAGAGGGGCCAAAUUUAUUUUUGGCUGUCACAGGGGUCGGGCUAAGGAGAGAGGGGGCAAGUGCUCCUGAAUGCUUCAGAGAAUUUGGUGAGAACGCUCGACUCCCUCAGCCCGUCCCGCCCUCAGCCGCUUUCUUCUUUCUCUCUGUGUCCUGUGUUUUGUUUGGCCAGUACAAUGACUGUCGGGAGAAUGGAGAGUGCAGCACUGUUUGAUGCUGGGAAGAAAGGUCGAGGCCUGAGGGCCACCAAAGAGCUCAACGGUGGGGAUGUGGUCUUCUCAGAGUCCAGUUUCUCCGCUGUGGUCUUUGACAGUUUGGCAAUGCAGGUGUGCCACAGCUGUUUCCGACGUCAAGUCAACCUGCACCGCUGUGCUCAGUGUAAGUUCGCCCACUAUUGCGACCGCACCUGCCAGACUGCAUGCUGGAAUGAGCACAAGCAAGAGUGUGGAGCCAUCAAGAGGGUUGGAAAGGCACCCAGCGAGAAUAUUCGCCUGGCAGCUCGUGUGCUGUGGCGUAUGCACAAGGACACAGGCAUUGUGUCAGACAGUCAACUGGUCUCAGUGGACCAGCUGGAGGACCACGUGGCUGACCUGUCCCAAGAAGACCUCAAAAAGCUCCAGACUGACGUGGACAACUUUCUGGAAUACUGGUCUUGUGGAAGGAAGCAGCACUCUGUUGACUACAUCUCACACAUCUUUGGGAUUAUCAAGUGUAAUGGAUUUACACUGAGUGACCAGAGAGGUUUGCAGGCUGUUGGUGUGGGUCUUUUCCCCAACCUGUGUCUGGUCAACCAUGACUGUUGGCCCAACUGCACUGUCAUUCUCAACCAUGGGAACCAGUCAGCUCUGAAUUCUGCUCUCCACUCUCAGAGGAGGAUCGAGCUCCGGGCUCUGAGGAAAAUCGCUGAGGGUGAGGAGCUGACUGUCAGCUACGUGGAUUACCUCAACCUGUCUGCUGACCGCCAGAAGAAGCUGAAGGAGCAUUUCCAUUUUGAAUGCACCUGCGAGCAUUGCAGCAAGCACAUCAAUGAUGACCUGAUGGCAGCUGCAUCAGACAGUGAAGGGGUCAAACCCUCUGCUGAUAAGGUGAAAGAGGUGACCUCUUUCAGUAAAGAGUGUCUGGAGAAGAUUGAGAGGUCCCGUAUUGAGGGGGAUUACCACGAGGUGUUGAAGUUGUGUCAUGAGUGUCUGGAGAAGCAGGAGAAUGUCCUGGCCGACACUCACCUCUGUAAGCUGCAGGUGCUCAGUGUUGCCAGUGAGGUGCUGUCAUACAUGAAGGUCUUCUCGGAGGCUGCAGACUAUGCUCGCAGGAUGGUGGAGGGAUACAUGAAGCUGUACCACCCCAAUAAUGCCCAGCUGGGAAUGGCCAUCAUGCGAGCAGGUGUCACCCACUGGCAUGCAGGACAGAUUGAGGUGGGCCACGGGUUGAUCUGCAAGGCUUAUGGCAUCCUUAUGGUCACCCAUGGACCCAACCAUGCCAUUACCAGAGACCUGGAGACCAUGCGCACGCAGACUGAGAUGGAGCUAAAGAUGUUCAAGCAGAAUGAGUCUGUGUAUCACACCAUGAGAGAUGCUGCUCUGAAGAAGUAAUAAUCCCCUUCAUGAUUGAUGCUCCUGUCCCUACAGAUGUCCUGAUGCACUUCUUAACUCUGCACUGACAUAUACAUACUGAGUGUGCUCUAAAGCACUGCACCCUGUCACCCUGUACAAAAAAAUGGAAAUUCAGAUAGUCAGGGACUGUAGCUAAUAGGAGUCACAUUAUACAUGUGAUUAAUGUGGUUACUGUUUCUCAAAAAAAAAUCUACAAAAGACAUUUUAUUUUAGAAACCUCUUAAAAGAAGCUGAAGGAUAUCACAGUAAACAUACAGUAUGACAAUCUCUGAACCACUGGUGUGUCUGAUGAUUCGCUGGGCUGUUUAAAACAGCAGAUGUAACACAACAUGUACAGUAUCUAUAAUAAAAGUGCCAACACAACAUCUGUUGUAACUACUUACAUCAGUUAUUUGGAUUCUUCUUAUGUAUUAUUUGUAAUAGUAACAAUAUUGGUAUCAGUGUUGUGAAUUAGUGUUUAUCUUUGUCUUUCAUUAAAAGAACCCCCCAACCCCCAACCGAUUUAGGCAGGUGGCUGACCUCACUGAGGUUCAGUCUGCUAGAGUUUUUUCCUUCCCACUGUUGCCAAAGAGCUCUUUUGGCAUUUGUGUUUGUUGGGUUUCUCUCUGUAAUAUAAUAAAAUCUUCCCCUUGUGUGAAGCACCCUUA